AUGUCUAGGAAGCAUCCAUUGCCAGAGAGUUUGAGUAGCGCUUCAUCGGAUAAUAACAUAGCAGCUAUGCAGCCACAGCCUUACAUACCGGUAUUGUUUAGGCUGGCGGAUAAGUUGAAGGUGGACAGACACUUGGUUGCAUGUGUAAUGUGCGAGUUCUUCUGCAGUAUGUUCUUCAUGGUGAGUUUUUUUGACGAGAUGGGUUUUAGUUUAAUGGGGGAGGGUGGUGGAUUAGACUUAAAAGUUUUCAAUGAGGUUGAGUUUAGGUCGUGGAAGUAAUUGUUUUGUUCUUUACGUACUACUCUUACCAUUUUUGUUUUUAGUACGGUGGUGCUUCGAUCAAUCUGGUCCAAACAAUUCAAGACCGAACAUCUCACGAACAGAACCAUUUGUAUGGAAUUGCUGUUUCAUGGGGAUUGUGGCUGUUGAUUGUGAACUACCUUGGCUCACAACUGUCUGGCCCUCACAUGAAUCCCGCGUUUUCACUUUUGUUUUACUGGGUUGGUCAGAUCGAUUUUAAGCGAUUCAUCUACUACACGAUUGCUCAAUUCUUUGGCUUCUUUGCUGGCGCUUUACUUUGUUUUAUUGUUUACUUUGGUAAUUUUUUUAUUUUUAUACAUUGAUUUGUUUUAAAAUUUGACAUUUUGGUUUCCAAAUUCGACAGUUAAAUAAGGUUUUAAAAAGUUUAUUAUAAUAUAUAUCAUACUUUAAAUUUUAGAUGCAAUUAACGACUUCGACGGAGGAAUAAGACAGUAUUCCGGAGAUAAUGCAACCGCUGGCGCUUUUGCGACAUACCCAAAGGACUACUUAUCAAUAACUGGUUCUUUUGUGGAUCAACUUAUCACCACAGCGACGUUGGCAUUAGUUGUACUUGCAGUUACGGACGACAGGAACAAAGUACCACAAGGAGCUCGGCCUGCCAUUAUUGGACUGGGCUUAUGGUGUGUAAUAUCAAUGUGGUCGCACAACUGCGGAGCCGCACUGAACCCGGCACGUGACUUUGGGCCGCGAUUCAUGACUUUACUGGUUGGUUACGGAUGGGGAGUGAUUAGGUAAUUUUGAUGUUGUGUUUUUAAAGUUGCUUUUGAAUUUUUGACUCAAAAUUUGCAUUGGCAUUUCUUAGUACUAAUGAUAUUACAUUUUAUUGAUUUUAAACCAAAAUCUUCUAAAUCUGAUAGUUUGUAAUACAAACGGAAUUACUUAUCAAUUAAGUUUUAAAAUCUAAAUAUCACAUGGCAAAUUAAGCUUCUUAAAGUUUUGUCAAGGUUUGAUAAUUUGCUGUUUCCGUUUAUAAAAAAUCAAUCUUAAUUGUUUUUGCGUGGCUUAGAAAUUGAUAACGAUAAAUUUACAACUUUGAAGGAGAACAGUUCAGUUAUUGACAUGUUAGUAGUGAAAAACGGAUGAUAAUGGAAUUGUUAUGACACUUUGUUUUAAUAUCGCAAUGUUUUAUUGAAAAAUCUUAUCAUAAGCCAUGCUUGUUCUAUAUUUCAAGAACUUUUAGUGUUAAUGAUUGCAAUCAAAUGAUUAAAUAGAAAUAUUUGUUCCUUAAAUUUUAAAGAUAAGUAAAAAAACCAAAAAAGUGAUUAAAAACUAAAAAGGUAGAACUUAACUGUUUCAGUUACAACAACUACACUUGGUUCUGGGUCCCGCUUGUGGCACCAAUGUUUGGCGCCAUUUUGGGUUACUAUGUCUACAACUUUUUCCACGGCGAAAUGCUAAUGGUAAACGACUUACCGCCACAUGAGUCGCCCCGCAGUGAUGCCGGUAGCUCGCCAAACUCCGACGUCAGGUUAACCUCAGCGGCGUCGAUUCACAAACCGUAUGAACCAUGA